AACCUGUUUGGUGUUAACAUCACUGUAGUGGUACUUCUUCAAAGCCUGCAAAAUGACUCGUUAAUAAAUCGCGAGAAAAGGUCCAAAUUUUUUUUGGCUUCCUUACUAGGGUUUAAGCACCAGUUAUACCAGAACUACUCCCUCACUCUCUCUAAACGCCAUGUCACUGUACCGCCUGCUCCUCCGCUCUUUCGACCGUACAACCACCACAAAUCCUUACGGUCUCACCACCACCCGCUCCUUCGCCUAUUUUACAGCUCAAGGCCGCCGCCGACGCAAGCGCCGCCUCCGCAUAGAACCCCCACUCCAACCUCUCCGUCGCUCAGGCCCGCCGCCUCCACUCGACCCCAACGCGCCCCGCCUCCCCGACUCGACCUUCGCCCUCGUCGGUUCUCGCCUCAACUUCCACAACCGCGUUCAGUCUCUCAUACGCGCCAACGACCUCGACGCCGCCUCUGCAGUGGCGCGUCACUCCGUCUUCUCCAACACGCGCCCCACCGUCUUCACAUGCAAUGCCAUCAUCGCCGCCAUGUACCGCGGCAAGAGGUACAAUGACGCUAUUGCUCUCUUCCACUUCUUUUUCAACCAAUCCAACAUUGUUCCCAACAUUGUCUCUUAUAAUUAUUUGAUUAACACUCAUUGUGAUGAGAGCCGUGUCGACGUGGGGCUUGAGAUUUACCGCCAUAUCAUUGCCACCUCCCCCUUUAGUCCCUCGCCGGUGACGUACCGGCAUUUGACUAAAGGGUUGAUUGAUGCCGGUAGGAUAGGUGACGCCGUGGACUUGUUGAGGGAGAUGUUGAAUAAGGGGCACGGUGCUGAUUUUUUGGUUUUCAAUAACUUGAUCAAAGGGUUCUUGAAUUUGGAGAAUUUGGACAAGGCCAAUGAGCUUUUUGACGAGCAGGUGUUUGGUGUAGAUGGGGUUGUCAAUGCCACCUUUAUGGAUUGGUUCUUCAAUAAGGGGAAAGAGAAGGAGGCAAUGGAUUCAUACAGGUCAUUGCUUGAUAGGCAGUUUAGGAUGAUCCCAGCUACCUGCAAUGUUCUCUUGGAAGUGUUGCUUAAGCAUGACAAGAAGGAGGCGUGGGCUUUGUUCGAACAAAUACUGGAUAAUCACACCCCACCCAAUACCCAGGCAGUUAACUCCGAGACUUUUAAUAUGAUGGUCAAUGAGUGUUUUAAGCUUGGGAAGUUUGGUGAGGCGUUUGACACCUUCAAGAAGGUGGGAACAAAUGUGAAGUCAAAGCCUUUUUCCAUGGACGUUGCGGGGUAUAAUAAUAUCAUUGCUAGGUAUUGUGAGAAUGGGAUGUUAUCGGAGGCUGAUGAACUAUUUAGAGAAUUGUCGUCAAAGUCACUGACCCCAGACGUAACAACACAUAGGACUCUGAUUGAUGCAUAUUUGAAUUUAGAGAGGAUAGAUGAUGCUCUUAAGAUAUUUAACAGAAUGGUGGAUGUUGGGUUGCGGGUGGUUGCUAGUUUUGGUGACAAGGUGUUUACUGAGUUGAUUGAGAAUGGGAAGGCAGUGGACUGUGCAAAAAUUUUGAAGAAAAUGGGAGAUAAAGAUCCUAAACCAGAUGCCAGUUGCUAUGAUGUAGUGAUCAGAGGGCUUUGCAAUGAAGGUGAACUUGACCCAAGCCUUGAUAUACUGGCAGAAAUGGUGAGAUAUGGCAUUGGUGUUCCUCCUGCAUUGAAGCAAUUCGUAUACGAGGCUUUUUUAAAAGCUGGGCGUGGUGGACAGAUUGAGAAAACAUUAACUGAGACUAGGUACACACCACCUCCUAGAAUCGCACAACCACGGCAAUUCCACAGGAAUCGCCAGCAGGAACCUCUCAGAUGGCAGGACUCUGAUCACUCAUCAUCAGCUCCCUCUCAAAUGCCUCUUGAACUCUCAUCCCAAGCCAGCUCCUCCUCCUCCUCCAUACUCAAAUUUGUAGUGGCUCUUGAAGCAACCAAAGCAAUACCGGAGUCCCCAGUCUCCACAUAUGAAGAAGUAGAAUUUUAG